AUUUUGUUAUCUGUCCGAUAAUAAUCGACAUUCCGGUGUCAAACUCGAGUACUUAAAUGAAGGAGAAGAAAGACAAGUAGGUGAAUAAAUUAUUUCUGUUGAAACUCUAAAAUGAUGUGAACUAGAUGAUAUUCACAAAAACUCCAUUUUCAAUAUUGGCUUUGUCUGAUACUUGUUUCCAUUCUUUUGUGCAUUGACCAUUUACAAGGGUGAAGAGUUUCGAGGGUUCUUGCAAAAGUUCUUCUUCCUGCAUCUUCAACUUCAUUGACCUAAAGCCACCAUUCUGAAGGAUUUCUCAGAGAUUACUCGUCAGCAAUUACUGGUCCGGCCCAAAUCUUUGGCUAAUCUUUCUUUUUUCCGAGCACUUUCCAGGAAAUGGAAGAAGGCUUUUUAACUGCUAAAGAAUUACAUUGUAAGAAGGGGAAAGAAAAGGCAGCAAGUUUGGGAUUGAAAAGGAACCAAGGGGGAAAAAAGUCGAAGACAAAAUCUAUGGCCAGGGAAGGGCAGGGGUUGAUAAGUCUUUCAGUGGAUCAAGAUGUUCCAGGUGUCACGGUUUCAGUGUUUGAUUAUUCUGUUGAGAGUCACUUUAGAGCAAUUGACACGAUUUCGAAGCUUUGUGGAGAGGAGGGUGAAGAAGCUUUGGGUAUGUGCGAGAUCGAACAGUUGACUGCUAGAGUCACAUUUUUAAGGGAAUGGAAAUAUUUUUCUUACAAUCCAAGAAUCAUUAGGUUCAAUCGUGAAACUGGAAGCCCCCAUGGGGAAAAUGUUACUAAUGGGAUAAACUUACCUCAAUUUUCUUCUGUGACUGUCCCUAAGAUGGCCAGUAUAUCUGAUGAUUCAACAUCUUUUCAGUCCGCAUCUCCUUGCGACAAAGAUUUUGUUUUGUAUGUGGGAGGUUCUGUUUGGGCGUUGGAUUGGUGUCCAAGAGUUUGUCAGAGUUUUGACUGUAAUAUUUCUUGUGAGUACCUUGCUGUUGCUGCCCAUCCUCCUGAAUCUUUUUAUCACAAGGUAGGUGCUCCUCUGAAUGGCAGGGGUCUCAUUCAGAUUUGGUGCCUCUUAAAUGUCAAUGGGAAAGAGGAGGGCUUUCCACCUCUGGCUAAGUCAAAAGGGAGACCUAGAAAAAAUGUUCUAGAAGAAUCAAAUCCAUUGAAGAAGCCGAGAGGGAGACCUAGAAAAAAUGUUCUAGAAGAAUCAAAUCCAUUGAAGAAGCCAAGAGGGAGACCUAGAAAAGAAAAGGUCUUGGAAGAAUCAACUUCAUUGAAGAAGCCAAGAGGGAGACCUAGAAAAGAAAAGGUCUUAGAAGGAUCACCUCCAUUGAUGACGCUCAGAGGUAGACCUACAAAGAAGAAGACACUAGAAGACUCCGAUGAUAAAAGCAGCGGUAGCCAAUUUGUUCCAGCACUGGCUGUUGAAUUUCCAGAAGAUUCAGCUCAGUUUCUUGCUACUACUGGGUUUGGCAUGCAUACGAAUAAACAGGCUACGAUAGAAGGAUGUGAUACAGAUACUGUGUUUGGGAUGUCAGUUUCUAAAUCAGAUGCCAAAACUCCCCAGCAGAAGAAAAGAACAAGAGAUAAAGCUUGGUUGAGGAGUGACUCUGAUGAUGUUUGUCAAUCUUUGUCUAACUGCAACAGGGAUAAAGAACCUUCUGUUGCAUUUUUGCAAGAAACCAAUAGCAUUAUGCAGUAUCUUGCGGCAUCAAGUCAGAAUGUGCCAAAUGAUGGGUCAUUGGAGGAUACUGCUAGUCUUCCAAAAGAUGUUGCUUUGCCUAGGCUUGUGUUAUGUUUGGCCCACAAUGGCAAAGUUGCAUGGGAUGUGAAAUGGCGGCCUUCUGGCGUUAAUGAUUUGGCAUCCAAACAUCGCAUGGGCUAUCUUGCUGUAUUGUUGGGAAAUGGCUCAUUGGAAGUGUGGGAGGUUCCUUCUGUCAGUACAAUCAAAAUUCUGUAUUCCUCUUGUAAUAAGGAGGGUAAUGAUCCUCGUUUUGUGAGACUGGACCCUGUCUUCAGGUGCUCAAAGUUGAAGUUUGGGGACAGACAGAGUAUUCCUCUAAUAGUGGAAUGGUCACCAUCAUCCCCAAAUGAUUUAAUACUAGCUGGAUGCCAUGAUGGAACAGUUGCUUUGUGGAAAUUCUCUGCAAGACAUUCAUCUGAAGAUACAAGGCCUUUGCUUUGCUUUAAUGCAGACACUGUCCCCAUAAGAGCACUUGCUUGGGCUCCCAUUGAAAGUGACCCAGAGAGCGCUAAUGUUAUAAUCACAGCUGGACAUGGAGGCCCAAAAUUUUGGGACAUUCGUGAUCCGUACCAUCCUCUAUGGGACCUGAGUUAUGUGCGGAAGGUUGUAUGCAGCCUGGAUUGGCUACCAGAUCCAAAAUGUGUCAUUUUAUCCUUUGAUGAUGGUACACUAAGGAUUCUCAGUUUGUUAAGAGCUGCAUAUGACAUUUCAGUGACCGGAAAACCUUUUGUUGGGACACAACAGCAGGGAAUAUACAGUUAUCUCUGUUCAUCAUUUUCAAUAUGGAGUGUUCAAGUAUCACGAUUAACAGGUUUGGUUGCAUAUUGUACUGCAAAUGGUAAUGUUCUUCAUUUUCAGCUUACUGCAAAAGCAGUGGAGAAGGAUCCUUUUCGCAACCGGGCCCCUCAUUUUUUGUGUGGAUCAAUUACCGAGGAGAACUCGGUUCUUAUAGUCCACACUCCAUUGCCACACUCACCCUUCCCUAUGAAAAAAUCCCCAAACGAGUAUGGUGAUGCCCCAAGAUCUAUUCGGGGGUUCGUGUCUUUGGCAAAUCAAGCAAAAAGAGUUAAUGAUCAAAGAGUUGAUUUUCAAAAUCCAGCCUUGUGUUACGAGGAUAAUUCCAUUGUAGCAUUUGAAUCUGAGAAUACACUGACUGGCCCAAGUAGCACAGCAGCAAAGCGAAAAACAAUCAAGAAGAAAAAACCUGACCCAAACCAAGAAUCCAUAGCUGAAGAAGAGGAGAAUUUGCCAAGGGGUGAGAGUGAGAAGGGUGAAACGGGGAGUGUAAUUGAAGUCUUUCCUUCCAAGGAAGUAGCCAUGCAUAGAGUGAGAUGGAAUAUGAAUAAGGGUAGCGAAAGAUGGCUUUGUUACGGAGGAGCUGCUGGCAUUGUACGGUGCCAAAAGAUUGAUGGUUCUUGUGUUGCAAAUAAAAAAGGCAUCAAGUAGUGAAAGGACGUCAUGUGGCUUUUCUAGGCAUGUGCCUCUAUUUCGUUAGAUAUGUAUAUGAUUUUUCUUUUUUACUUAGAAUAAAACUAGGUUAUUU